AUGGCGGUUGGAAAAUACUCUCUACCACGACUUGAUUAUGAAUUGAAUGACCUCGAACCUUUUAUAUCACGUCAAAUAAUGGAAUUACACUACAACCGACAUCAUCAAACUUAUAUCACAAACUUGAACAACGCAUUGGCAUUACAAGCGGAGGCGAUUUCUACGGGAAACCUGAUUCGACAAUUGGAUCUACAGUCAAUGAUCAAGUUUAACGCGGGAGGACACGUCAAUCAUACAUUGUUUUGGGAAGGAUUGACACCAUCGACGACGACGACGACUACAACACCGGCCACGGAUAUUAUUGAAAAGGUGGCACCUCAUUUAUAUCAAUCCAUCAUGAAACAAUGGGGAAAUGUCGAAUCUUUCAAAGGUGAAUGGGAAUCGGCGGCUCUGUCGAUUCAAGGUUCCGGUUGGGCAUGGCUCGUCAAGAAGGUGACGGCCAACAACAAGACUGAAAUUCUAGAAAUCACCACUUCCAAGGAUCAAGAUUUGCCAGGUAGUACCGCGUCGACCGGCAAGAUCCUCCCAAUCUUGGGUAUAGACAUGUGGGAACACGCUUACUAUUUGCAAUAUUGGAACAACAAGAAGGAAUACGUCACACGAAUAUGGCAAGUUUUGAAUUGGAACCGGGCGGAAAAGAGGUUCUUGGGAGAUUCCGGUUUGAUCUAUGGUGAUUUGAUGGGUCUCGUAGGGAGGUUGUGA